AGAAAUCAACUGUGAAUGGGAUGGUUACACCUAUGCAAGUGGAAAGAGAAUCCAAUACUCCUGCCCUUCUGGGCAAAGGCAUUCUGGUUCGAAUCUCACCCAGUGUUUCUACUAUGGCUUGGGUCCACAACCUGUUUGUGAAGUUGAACAAUCAACAUCAUCAAAGUCUACUGCCCCACCGAAAACUACUGUCCCAACAAAAGAUCCUGUUGACAUACCAGACAAAAUUGAAUGUGCCCCAGCACACAGUCCAGCGAAUGCUAAAAUUAUAAAGCCACUGAAAAAAUAUUACAGUGAUGACAUAGUUGAGAUGAAGUGUGAUGAUGGUUUUAAAAUGCAUGGCUCUGCAUCAAUUCAGUGUAACGAUGGCGUAUGGGAAUCUCCACCUCAGUGCAUCCCAUUAAGGAAAUGUAAAGGACUACCCUCUAUCUCUAAUGGAAAAUAUGAAAAUAUUAAACAGGACUAUGCUUCUGGAAGCAGUGUGAAAUAUAGCUGCAAUGCUGGUUACAGGAUCAUUGGUUCAGAAGACAAAAUUACUUGUGAUGAUGGAAAGUGGACAACUUCACCAACAUGCACAGGAAUUCCGUGUGGCACAGCCCCAGAUGUUCAAAAUGCAUUUGUUAAAGAACGGAACAGAGUCUACGUGCAUGGUGAAAGUGCAGUCUACCAGUGUAAAGAUGGUUUUACCUUUAUACCGUCUGGGAGCAGCUCAGCAGAAUGCAUAGAAGGACAAUGGAAAAAUGAUCCAACUUGUUUUGAUACAUCUUGUGGACCUGCACCAAAUGUAGACAAUGCUGAUCUGUUACGUGGGAAAGACAGAUAUGUAUCUGGUGAAAGAGCAUCAUAUAAAUGUAAAUCUGGUUAUUCUCUGGGACAAUCUAUGCAAGCUGAAGCACUUUGUAGCAAUGGAGAAUGGAAAGAUAAGCCAGUGUGCGGAAAAAUUGGCGGGAAUUGUGGUCCACCACCAGCAAUAGAAUUUGGAGACAUCACAAAUAGUAAAAGAGAAGAAACUUAUAAAUCAGGUUCCAGAGUCUUUUAUCAAUGUCCAAAUUUGUAUGUACUUCAAGGAAAAGAAGAAAUUAUAUGUGUGAAUGGAGCGUGGGAAAAGGCACCGGUUUGUCUAAAGCCAUGUACUAUAACAAAAAAGGAAAUGGAUGAAAAUAAUUUAUAUCUGAGGUGGAAAUCUGACCCCAAGAUAUACAGUGCAAAUGGUCAGAUGACAGAAUUUUCCUGCAAAACUGGACAUGAGCCUCUCUCUGGCAUUGCUAUGAGACAAGCGUGUAAUCAAGGAGUGGUGCAAUAUCCUAAAUGCCUCAAGAGUGGUUUUUGUGAAUUGGAACAAGCAACAAUGAAAAUAAAUAAUAUCAAUUCCGAAAGCCCUGUAGUUGAACAAGGAGUCCGUAUUGAAUUUAAAUGUAAUGUAGGAAUGGUGCCAGCAACAGACCUACAAGCCACAUGUGUCAAGGGAAAAAUAACAUAUCCAAGAUGUAAAGCUCCAGCAAGUUGCAGCGCUCCUGAAAUUGUAAAUCGAGAUGAUAAAACUAAACAAGUCAGAUAUGACUCCGGUUCCUCUGUGGAAAUCUCGUGCAAGGACAACCAUGUAUUGAGUGGGAAUAAGAUUGUGACGUGUAACAAUGGUCAAUGGACUGUGCUACCAACAUGUGAUCGUGUCAAGCCAUGUCAAAUUUCCACAGAAGAUAUUAAUGCAAAUAAUGUUCGGCUGGAAUCGCCUAGUGACCUUCAAAAAGAUGUUCAGCAUGGUGCAGAAGUAAAGGUUGUCUGCCAGACAGGAUUUAAACGUCCAACAGCUUCAAAGGCUGUAUGUGACAAUGGGAAAAUGAAAUAUCACAAAUGUUUUGCUGGAGACACUUGUCGUUUAAAGCAAGAGGAUAUUGAUACACACUACUUAGAACUGCAUGAAGAACAUGAUGGUGAAGUAUAUUAUGGGGAAGGUGAAGUUAUUAGAUUUACAUGUAAAGAAGGAUACAGGAGCAAUGUGCUGAUUGGAAAAUGUUCUAAAAAAGAAAUAAGUUAUCCUACAUGCACAGAGUGAAAAUUUUAUGAUUUCCACGUACUAUAAUGCCCUGCAUUUUGUCAUGUUUCCUGGAAAAUAUACUCUCCAUGUGCAGAAAUAACACUUCAUAUUGUGAUUUCCUGAUAUAUGCACCAACAUUAAUAACAGAAAAUGAAGAUGUCUUCAUUAAAAAAAAGAUGACUUAAUUUUUUUUGUUUUUGUUUUUAAAUAAAUACCUUACUCUAAUAUAAAGUAACAUUAAA